CUUACUGCGAGAUGGCUCACCAAGCCCACAGUAUCAGCUGGAACAUCCUCGCCCAGAAUCUCCACCAUCGAUCGGAACCAGCCACCCCGGACACAACCCACCUCGUCUCGGACCUUUAUUUCCGGUUCCGGCCUGCCCAGGGCAAGGAGAUCGGCUACUUUGCCGAGUCCUUCGCCCGCGCCAUUGAAGAGCACACCCGCACCGAGCGGCGGAAAUACCCCGCGCAGUGUAGUCCUAUCCAGCCAGAUGAUUUGGUUUUGAAUGAUCGCCUCGCGGAGAGACUCCGGCCCUUGGCGUACCGAUGGUGCACGGCCUACGAGCACCCCAAGUGGCCGUACAGAACGACUGUCAAGGCGCGGGGCCCUAAGCUGUGUCCGCAUCGGGACUACACCGGUGACAGCAACAUCCGUAGGAGCAGCAGUAGCAGCAGCAGUAGCCCCGACAGGCCCGUGGAUCAUUGCGGAUGCCCGUUACCGUACUGCGAGCGAAUGGGAUCGGCCUUUCUGCGUCGCUAUCAACCCAACGACUGCUACAAAUUCAUGGAUGACAAUGCUGGGGCCUUCUACAACAUUCAGGUUGUGAGCAGCCUCAUGCUACUCGGAGAGAUGGACCCUGUGCUGCGGCUGGCCGCCACUUCGGACAACGACCUGGCGGAGUGGAUGGAGAUGUACGAAUGUUAUUGUAUGACCCCCGACCGCGGCUGGGACAAGCUCUUCGCCGGCGCACUACAGAUGUACCUGACCCUCAACAUCCUCCACAGCAUCCCCUCGCUCUGGGACCCGGCCUCCCGCCAAGCCGCCAACAAGGAAAGGUCCGUCGAAUACCGCAACACGCGGAUCUACCAACGCACGCUGCGGCGGUGGACCUUCGAGGGCUCCUCGAACGAAGUCGCCCAGCACCUCCAUCGCCAGUUCUUCGGCCUCGACGACCAUUUCCACUGGCAGACACAGGUCGCCCGCUACCGCCGGGAGCCCGGCUUCCUGCCGCUGCUGGAGGCCACCACCGAGGUCCGGGGAGCGAGGCUGGGUUGGUUGAAUGAUGCGGACCGCCCCAGCGAGACGGCUGCCUCCGGUCCUACGCUCAUUCUGACCAAUCGGACCUUCCCCUACGGCCAGGUGCCGUUCGAGGUGUUUCUGAACUGCGGGAAAAAGGCGGUCUAUCGACCGCGAUUGACGGACGUUGCGCGCGUGGAGGGUUAUCUGCGAGUGCGUGGGGGUCUACCGCAGGAGUUAGUACAGCAGAUCACGGGGCUGGCGGAGUACGAUGGCCAACAUGCGCGACGACUGCCCGUCCCGCACGAUCCGCUGCACCACGCCAAUCGCGCGGAGUUGCGCGACUACCUCACGCAAUGCUGGCAGGUGAUGGUGCGGUGCAAUAUGCUGGCGCAGGAGGUGGGGCGGAAGAUCGAUUGGGUCGCGCAGGUGGUUGAGACUCUGGAUAAGCUGGUGGCCAAGCCGCCUGGGAAGAAGCUCUUUGAGCGCGAGCUGGAGGGCGAGUAUUGGGAGGUGACUAUGGCGGGCGGGAGCGGGGAGUUGCCGCAUCGGUUUCGCACGUAUAACUGGGAAUAGGGCUGUUGGAGACAGAGUAGAUAAUAUGGAGUUGUGUCACUGGAAGGCUUUGUUGCUAUAAGAGACUAUGCUUUGUCUCUAAUCAUCCGGGAAUCGGGAGUAUAUUGACCAUAUACUCAGGGGUGAGAUCCGUUGUGGCAGGAGAUUGAAGCGAUGCCCGUAAACACACUACAAUAUUGAAAGCCUGGUUACGGACCGGAAAGGGCAGCACAAUAUAUUGACUUUGUAUACAUUUCUGUUCUAUCAGGUUUGUAUGAUUAUAUACCCAUCCUUAUUUAAAU